CAGGCCAGCAACGACAGCGCAGGCAUCCCCGGCGAUCCAGCGCAAACAGCAUUGGGCGGCGUGCCACCAAAGGAGUCGUGGCGAGAGCGACCUGUCUCUGACAAGCAGCGCGGCUUCAUCGAUCAGCUAUCGAAACAGGCGCCAGAUGUCGAUGUGGGUGAUACUCAAGAGAUGAGCACAAAGGAUGCAUCAGCGGUCAUCGAUGAGCUCAAGUCAGCAGCAGCCACGACGACAGAUCCCAACGCGCCAAAAGAUCAGCCUCAGCAACCUGAGCCACCGGGCGCGAACGAUCCAGAAUCGCUGCUGAAGAAUCCUCAGCAUUGGUCAACGGGAGACGAUGACCCCACGGAGAAACAAAAGCGAUACCUGGCAGUUCUCGAGAGCAAGUCAGGUCAGCAAGUCAGCGGCGGCCAAGGACUCAACAAAGGCCAGGCAUCCGAGCGCAUAGAUCAAUUGAAGAAGCAAUGGCCAUCUUCACUCAAGGCCAGCGUCAUCGCAGUGAUCGAGCAUCAGGACGACGCACGGACCGACAUUCGCCAGCCAGCUCGGAUCAAGCGCCCCCAAAGCCACUCUGUCUUGCCGUACAUGCCGUUUCGAGGGCUAUCGGGCGGCAUAGAACGAUCGACCGUCAGAUCUCAGCAGAGCAAACGGAUUCAGCUGCGCGAAUCGGACCUUUUCUCGGGCAACGAGGAUCGCAUCUCGCUCCAGCAGUUUCCUGUCAUACACGAAGGUGUCAUCAGCUACCUUGCUAGGAUAGAGAGUCCGCAGAGUAUGGAGUCGCUCGGCGGGUCAGUUCUAGGGACGGAAUCGUCCCACCGAGAAGAACAGAAGAUCAUGCGAAGCUCUCGAAUGCCUAGUCCUCCAGACGUCAAAACGCCACUAUCUCUUGUCUCACCCAUCCCGCAGCUCAACCGGAAGCCAAGCAAGGAAGCAGUCGAGCCGCCAGAUAUUCACCAUGUUCACUUGCGAUGGUGCGAUCUGUGUGGCCAAGCCAGAGAGCAGAUAGUAAGCUACAAGCGUUACAGAAAGCAGUUGGGAAAGGACGGCAUGACGAAGCACGCUCAUGUCACGAUCCCUAAAUCGACAAUGGGACUCACGCCAGAUGAUAGACUGUCGGCCGGAUUUGGCCCGGUUGGCGAAGUCGUCCUCAUUCCAGAUCCAAGCAGUCUGCGCGCAUUGCCUUGGCUCAACGCACAUCACGCUGCCGUCAUGUGUGUCAUGGAGGAGAAGCCAAAAGGACCGGAUCGACCGCCCCCAUACUCACUCUGCACUCGGACAUUGCUCGCGGAAGUCAUCGAGUACGCUUCCCUGCAAGGCCAUAUGUUCAUGUGCGGCUUUGACAUCGAUUUUGUGCUGCUCUCUGCAAAAACUGACCGAUCUGCGACUAUCGGCGGGCAAGGUGCAACGCGGGCUUUGACGCCUGGAUUGGUCAACUUGCUCGAUGAUAUCGUAGACGCGCUACACGAGUCGGGCAUCGAAGUAGACGAUUAUCAAACACUAUCGGCGCCCGGACAAUUCAGGAUAUCAUUACGCGAAGAAGAGCCGCUGAUUGCUGUUGACAGCCUUCUUCAUGCAAAGGACGCAAUCAGGCUGAUUGCAGCUGCCAAUGGCUAUCGGUCUACCUUUGCACCGAAAGUCUUCCGCGAACAUGAUGGCACCGGGCAGCAUGUGCGCAUCACGAUCGCAAAGACCAAUGUAACGGGAAGAUUGACAGACGCCCGCUUUCCAAACCUACCAAUGGCAGAUGCAAUGUUCGCUGCAGGUCUCCUGCGUCAUCUACCUGCCAUUACUGCCUUUACGCAAGCUACGCCGAUGUCAUUUGAGCGUGCUGUGCCUGGCUCAAGAAUGGGCGCAAGCUGGGCAGCAUGGGGCAGUGACAACAGGGAGACACCCCUGCGACUGUGCUAUGUCAAUUACCCUCGCAAAUAUCACUGGGAGCUACGCUCGUUCGACGCGACUGCGAAUCCGUACAUCGCCCUAUCGGCCAUCAUCGCCGCUGGAGUGCUCGGCAUCAAGAAGCAGCUUGAGUUGCGACAAUUUGAUUGCUUGGAGGAUCCGUCCCUCAUGUCGCGUGAUGAGCUCAAGGCGCUUGGAAUCAGGAGGCCAAUGCCGAGAAGCUUCAGGGGAGCGCUCGAAAAGUUGACAGAAGAUGCUGUGUUGGCCGCUGCGAUUGGACCGAGCUUCGUCAAAGCAUACACGCUCGUCAAACAGGCUCAAAUGCAAGUGCUGUCAGAUCUGAGCAAAGAGGAAGCCAAAGCAUACAUGCUAAAGUACUAUUAG